AUUGUUAUAUUUCGUACAUAUAUCGUUAAUGUUUCUUCUUUCUUACUGCUUCGUGUACAAUUUUUAUAUCAAUUCUAAAAAUAUCAAGAAGAAAGGUAAUAUCUAUACACCUGUCACCUGUUCCCUGCCUAGGGAACACCUGCUAUAAAGUAAUUUUCCUUCGAGAGUUCAUACCAUCUGCCUUAUUUGUAUUUCGAAUUUCGAUUGUCAGAUAUGCAACAGUUCUACGCUGAAUUUGUUAAAAAUGGAAGGGGAGUUAACUCUAUCAAAGAUACUAGUAUUCGCUAUCUUUAGCAUACCUAUCAUGAUUUACUUAUCAAAAAGUAUUCCUGCAUGUAUACCUUCAAGUUUACUCUUAAAUUUACAUCAAGUAAUUAAAGGUAAUUAAAAAUUCCAUGUGUAAAUAUCUCAUUGACGACGAGAUAAACAAUUGCAACAAAGAUGAAUUUGAAUGAUGGAGUAUCAGGAAUGUAUGUAUAUACGUAUAUAUAGACGAACAAUGAUUUCAUCGUCAGUGUAUUAUUCCGGUCUUGCACGCAAUAUAUUUUAUGUAUGUGAUUUGGUAUGGAAAAUUUUGCUAAAUUGAGCUGGAAAUUGCUACAAAGAAGGAACUGUUCGAUUCAAGGCUUCGGUAACUUGAUUGUAGUUUUAGCUACUCUGUACGAUACUUGAAUUUAUAUUGUAACGUGAACGAAAGUCAGGAACUUUUGGUUGGUAUCAUUCGUAUUCGUAUUCGUAUUCGUAUUCGUAUUCGUAUUCGUAUUCGUACAUAUUGUCUAAACCGGAUGCAAAUUAGCUAAUAUGUAUGUAUAUAUUUACUAACAUGAUUUGUGUUAGUAAGUUUGGAAACUGUAAUUUCAUGUAUACCGAUAGAGUUUUUCAUUGCUAUCGGCUAUCGACUAUAGACUAUCGAGUCGAGUGGCAGCACUAGUUAAGUGACCAGUGCAAAUUGCCUCUGCGUUUGUAAACGAAAGCAGUUGUGUCGUAUAUUUUCUGAUAAAAUUGGGAAAAAAUCAUUAUAAAUGUUCUCGUAUUAUAGACAGCUAAAUAUAUAAACAGUGUUUACAAUACUGUUAAGUAACCACGAUAAGCAUGGUUCGAAGUAGCGACAAGGAUAGACAUCACAGAAGACGGUCGAGAUCGCGAUCGAGGUCUCGAUCGGCCACACCGGAGAAGAAACGACGGCGUUCUAGGAGCAGAGAUAGGGAUAGAGAUAGGGAAAGAGACAAGGGCCGACACAGGGAACGAAGAAGUCGUUCCAGAGACAGAGACAGAGAAAGGGAAAGAGAAAGAAGCGACAGGCGAGAUCGUUCAGAAAGGGAGAGAGAUCGUGAGAGAAAAGGUGGAGACAGUAAAGAAAAGCGUCUUACAGGCUCAAAGUCUUCGCGUUCAGGCAAAGACCGAUCGAAUAGAUCGCGAUCAAGGGAGCGCAAGGAGAAAGAGAAAGGCGACAGCGAUGAGUUACCGUUCGAUCACACUAAAUUGGACAAGGAGGAAGAACAGAAAAGAUUGGAACUGGAAAUGCAAAAGAGGAGAGAAAGAAUAGAACGGUGGCGUGCAGAACGGAAAAAGAAGGAACUAGAGGCAACUAAGAAAGAUGGUAAGGCAUCUAUAUUAGCCAACCUUCAGCUCCCUAUGAAAAAGUGGUCCCUCGAAGAUGACAGUGACGAAGAGACUCCUGUCGUUCAGAAUAGCAACAAGGAAGCGAAAGAAGAUGGCGAAACAAAAGAAGAGGUGGAGGAAAUUACGGAAGAAGUUAAAGGCGGCGACGACGAAGAAGAAGUUGAUCCUCUCGAUGCUUUCAUGGCAGAGGUUCAAGAAGAAGUUCGUAAGGUGAACAAACUCGAUAGUAAAAGUGGAAAGAGCGCAAAUAACGGAACGGGUACGGGAAGUACUCAAAGUGGAGGGGUUGUUAUCGUUACCGGCGUGGCGAAAAAGAAGGUUCAAAAGCAAAAAGGAGAAUUAAUCGAACAAAAUCAAGAUGGUCUUGAAUAUUCUAGCGAAGAAGAAGGGGAAAACUUGCACGAAACUGCUGCCGGUAUUGCAAAUAAACAGAAACGAGAAUUAGCCAAAGUUGAUCAUGCAACGACCGAGUACCAGCCAUUUAGAAAAUCGUUUUACGUUGAAGUACCUGAAAUCGCAAGAAUGACAGGUGAAGAAGUAGAAGCGUACAAAGAAGAGUUGGAGGGGAUUCGCGUGAAAGGCAAAGGUUGUCCAAAACCUAUCAAAUCAUGGGCCCAGUGCGGUGUGACGAAAAAGGAGUUGGAAGUUUUGAAGAAGCUCGGUUAUGAAAAACCAACGCCGAUACAGUGUCAGGCUAUACCGGCAAUAAUGUCUGGUCGGGAUUUGAUAGGCAUAGCAAAGACAGGUAGUGGAAAAACGUUGGCAUUUUUGUUACCGAUGUUUAGGCAUAUUCUUGAUCAGUCUCCGUUAACGGACGGCGAUGGACCGAUCGCAUUGAUCAUGACACCAACCAGAGAAUUGUGUAUGCAAAUUGGAAGGGACUCGAAAAAAUUCACCAAGUCGUUGGGACUCUCUCAUGUUUGCGUUUACGGCGGAACCGGUAUAUCCGAACAAAUAGCCGAACUAAAGAGAGGCGCUGAAAUAAUAGUCUGUACUCCUGGAAGAAUGAUCGAUAUGCUUGCUGCGAAUAGCGGAAGGGUGACUAAUCUUCGUAGAGUAACUUACGUGGUUCUCGACGAAGCAGAUAGAAUGUUUGACAUGGGUUUCGAGCCUCAAGUGAUGCGGAUCAUGGAAAACGUUCGACCGGACCGACAAACUGUAUUGUUCAGCGCGACGUUCCCUCGUCAAAUGGAAGCACUGGCUAGAAGGAUAUUGACCAGACCCGUAGAAGUUCAAGUCGGAGGACGAUCGAUCGUUUGCAAGGACGUUGAACAGCACGUGGUGGUCCUCGAAGAAGAUCAAAAGUUUUACAAGUUGCUGGAAAUCCUUGGUCAUUAUCAGGAUAAAGGUUCUACUAUAAUAUUCGUCGAUAAGCAAGAGAACGCUGACACUUUAUUGAAAGAUCUGAUGAAAGCCUCUUACUCGUGUAUGUCGCUUCACGGUGGUAUCGAUCAAUGCGACAGGGACUCGACGAUAUUAGACUUUAAAGCUGGUAGAACGAAAUUGUUGGUUGCUACAUCCGUAGCUGCGAGAGGUCUAGACGUGAAACACUUGGUGUUGGUAGUAAAUUACGAUUGUCCGAAUCAUUACGAAGAUUAUGUGCACAGAUGUGGAAGAACGGGUAGAGCUGGAAACAAGGGGUACGCGUAUACGUUUAUCACGUCGGAACAAGAACGUUACGCUGGCGAUAUACUGCGUGCUCACGAAUUGGCAGGAGUUCCUGUUCCCGAGCCGCUGCGUCAGCUCUGGGAAGGAUACAAAGCACGACAAGCGGCAGACGGGAAGAAAGUACACACCGGAGGUGGAUUUAGCGGGAAAGGAUUCAAGUUUGACGAAUCCGAGGCGGCGCUGGCUAACGAGAAGAAAAAGUUCCAAAAGGCGGCUCUCGGUUUGCAAGAUUCCGACGACGAGGAUAUAGAGAACGACAUCGACCAGCAAAUAGAGAGCAUGCUCGCGCCAAAGAGGACGGUUCGCGAAAUUGCUAGACCAUCCGCUAGCAACAUCGCGGUAGCUGGCCAGCCCGUAGCUAGCGCAACCGAUAAAUUAGAAUUGGCGAGGCGGUUGGCCUCCAAGAUCAACAUAGCGAAAAAUUUGGGUGCCGAGGCAAAAGGUGCUACGCAACAAGCUGCCGAAGCUAUACUUAAAGGAGCUGGCCCUACCAAUCUGAUUACAGCGAAAACGGUCGCGGAACAAUUAGCAGCCAAGUUGAACACGAAAUUAAACUAUCAGCCUCGCGAGGAAGAUCUCGUCGAGAGCGACGCAGAGGCCGGUGAACAAACCUUCCGUAAAUACGAAGAGGAAUUAGAGAUCAACGACUUUCCGCAACAAGCUAGAUGGCGAGUAACCAGCAAGGAAGCUCUCGCACAGAUUUCCGAGUACUCGGAAGCCGGUCUCACCGUCAGAGGAACUUAUAUCGCUCCUGGCAAGGCUCCGCCAGAAGGAGAAAGAAAAUUAUAUCUCGCUAUCGAGUCAACCAGUGAAUUGGCGGUGAGCAAAGCCAAGGCGGAGGUUUCUCGACUCAUCAAGGAAGAAUUGAUCAAAUUACAAGCGUCUGGGGCUCAUACCGCGUCUCGUGGACGAUAUAAAGUUUUGUAAUAAAAAAAGAUGAAACA